AUGUCGAACAAUCCAUCGAUCCCGCGUUCAAAAUCUGUUCCCUGCAGGAUAUCAAAAACUCAAGAUGUCAGAUCAACAAAUUCAGCUGACUCAUUGAAACCAUCGUGGCAUAAAAAAAUAGAUGAGAAAAGAAAUGGAAGUUCGUCUUCAAUGAACUCUAGGAGUACUAAUAACCUCGACGAAUUCAACAAAAGAAAUGUAAUUCAAGAAGAAAAGAGAUACUCUGCAAGAAGUCCAUAUUACAAAGGACUUACUGAUUCAUCCAAAUUGAUUAAUCGACAGAAGUCGUUAGCAGAGUUUAGUACUACUCCUGGAAAAGAUAGCAACUUAUUAGCUUCUUCAACAAGUUACACUUCUAAAUCAAAUUUUGUUAUCAAGGUACAAGAGUGGAGUGCCUCUUACUUUGUACGAAAAAGCAAAGAAGAACGAGCAUCUCCUUCUUCAUCAGAGACAAAAGCAAUCAGAACGACAAUCGGAGAAGAACUUGGUAUACAUUCAAAAGGAGUUAGAAGAAGUGUAAGAAAAACCAAAAGUAGAAUUUCACAAUUGGAUCAGGGGAAGCCUUUGAGGGAGAGAGCAUCAGAAAUGCAAACAAAUGAUAAUAUACUAGUACUACUACCAUCCCCUACACAGCCAUUAACGUCACCGGAAAAAUUGUCAUUACCAUUACCAUCACCACCACCAACUCCAUUAAUAUUACAAACAUCAUCGCGAGAUGAAGAAAUUGAAUCAGUAGUAGUACCAUUACCAGCUUCACCAACUCAGAACGUUGACGAUGAAAAAGAUACCAUAAAGGAGAAAGAUAAGACAGUAUUUGACAAAAGAUUUACAUGGGCUGAUAAGUAUAGGCCUAAUGAUCUUAGAGAUUUUCUAUGCAAUCGAAAUACCGCACUAGAAUUGAAGACUCUGGCAGAAAUAGAUGGCGGUAAUCGCCAUUUUAUAUUUGCAGGACAGCCAGGAGUAGGGAAAAGAACCAUGAUAUUGGCUCUGCUUCGCGAAAUUUAUGGACAUGAUAAAGUACAGGCAAGAGAAAAGCACAAGGUGUUCCACUUAAAGGGAGAAGCAGUGCCCAGCAUCCAAGUAAAUGUGAAGGAAUCGAAGAAACAUGUUGAGAUCAAUCUCUCCGAAACUAAAGGCUAUGAGAAACAUGUCAUAGUAGAACUAAUCAAGGAGAGAAAGCACAAAUCAUCCAGCAGAUCUGCACCUCUCAAUCCUGAUAACUGUAAAGCUAUCAUUCUUGGUGAGGCAGACAAGCUAUCGACAGAUGCAUUGCUAUAUAUCAAAUGGAUGAUAGAGAGAUAUGAAGGUUGUUACAAGGUCUUCUUUUGCUGCAGCGAUAGCACAAAGCUCCAGCCAAUUAAGUCUAUUUGCAAAGUUGUGCAUCUCCAAAAACCUUCAGAUGAUGAGAUUGUAGACGUCUUGAAAUUCAUAGCACAACAGGAAGGAAUAGAACUACCACACCAAAUGGCAGCGAGGAUUGCUAGUAACUCUAAAAGUAACCUACGUCAAGCAAUUCGCUCUUUUGAAGCUACUUGGCACUUCAACACUUCCUUGACUGAGAAUCAACAAAUCAAGACAGGGUGGGAAGACGACAUUGCAAAGAUUGCUAAAAACAUAAUUGAAGAACAAAGCCCAAGGCAGCUAUACGAUAUCCGUGGGAAAUUGCAGAAUUUGAUAGAACACAACGUAUCUGCUGAGUUCAUCUUUAAUACUGUGUUUGAAGAACUGAAGAGUAAUUUGGAUGACCAGUUCCACAAAGAAAUGGACACUCUGAAAAUGAAGUACAAUAUAAAUUCAAAUGAUCUCGAGCAGGGUAAAAGUGAUAAUGAUGCAGUGAAAAAGAUUGUUCACAAAUUUAUGAAAAUUGAAGAGUUCACAGCUAAAUUCAUGAGCUGGUAUAAGAUUUUUGUUUUGAAGAAAGGAAAUAACAACCCCAUCCUCAGCAAAGGGGGUAUAUAGUUUGGAAACAAUUUCCAUUUGAGUGACAAAGAAUUUAUUGUACUUUUCCCUAUCACUUUGCUUGAUUAAUAAUGGUGUUUCAGUUGUAAAAUAAAGUCACAAUCUAGCCCAAGCACACAUUUUUAUGAGCUUAAGAAAUUCUAUCAUCCUGUAAAAUUA